GGCGGGGCCGCGCCGGGCGCCGAGCGCCAUGAAGGACUGUGAGUACCGGCAGAUCCCGCCCGGGGUAGCGGUCCCGGCACCCGGUGCAGUCGCCUCGCCGCCUCCGUUACCCACCGGUUCGGAACGGCCCGGUGCGGCCCGUCGUCCCCGGCGGAAGUGGGAGGUGUUCCCGGGCCGUAACCGCUUCUACUGCGGCGGCCGCCUCAUGCUGGCGCGGCACAGCGGCGUCUUCGCUCUCACGCUCGGCCUCAUCCUGGCCACCAGCGGCCUCUUCUUCGCCUUCGACUGCCCCUUCCUUGCCAGUCACCUCACCUUGGCCAUCCCCAUCAUUGCAGCCGUCCUCUUCUUCUUUGUCAUCAGCUGCCUGCUGCAGACCAGCUUCAGAGACCCAGGAAUCCUGCCCAGAGCCACCCCCAGCGAGGCUGCAGACCUGGAGAAGCGCAUCGACAGCAUGGGCACCUCCAGCUACCGCCCUCCGGCGCGCACCAUGGAGGUGGUGAUCAACAAGUACGUGGUGAAGCUCAAGUACUGCUACACCUGCAGGCUCUUCCGCCCACCCCGCACCUCCCACUGCAGCGUCUGCGACAACUGCGUGGAGAGGUUCGAUCACCACUGCCCCUGGGUGGGCAACUGCGUGGGGAAGCGCAACUAUCGCUACUUCUACGCCUUCAUCCUCUCCCUCUCCUUCCUGACCGCCUUCAUCUUCGCCUGCGUCGUCACCCACCUCACCCUGCGCUCUCAGAGGGAUGGGUUCCUUGCCACCCUGAAGACAACACCUGCAAGUGUGCUGGAGUUGGUGAUUUGCUUCUUCUCAGUCUGGUCUAUUCUGGGCCUCUCAGGUUUUCACACUUACUUAGUUGCCUCCAACCUGACUACGAACGAAGAUAUCAAAGGGUCAUGGUCAAGUAAGAGGGGCUCAGAGUUUGCCAAUCCCUACAGCCAUAAAAGCAUCCUCACGAACUGCUGCGCGGUGCUGUGUGGACCUUUCCAUCCCAGUUUGAUAGACAGAAGAGGCUUUAUCCAGCCAGAGGUCGGGACCCCGUCCAGCCCCAAGAGUGAAAUCCCCUCCUUUGGAGCCAAACCUGACACCAGCAUGGUAGGAGGCAUCCCCUAGCAGUGCUGUGACCUACCCAGUGCCUGCUGUGCUGCACCUGGCUCCAGCCACUGCCUUGCCCUCUUCCCAUCUCCCCGGGCUCAGGAGGGACAGACCCAGAGCUGCCAGAGACUCACCUGAGCCACUUGUUGCCUUUUUUAUUAAUUUAUUGCCUUUGUUGCUUGUUCCACUGUGAUGUGGCCUGCCUGGGCCCUUGGCCUGCCUGGCCAGCAGCGUGGGAGACCCCCAGACGCCUGCAGAAAGCAGAGGGUCCCUGCUGCACCCUGGGGCCCAGGCGGCGUUGGGGAGCCAGCAGACCCCUGAGCCUGGGGUGUCUGCUCCAGGGUGCCGUUGCCUUUCUGAGAUGGGCCCGGGCUGGGGGACUGGCAAACGGUUCCCAGUCUCAGGCUGGUGGAGGUGCAGGAUCCCUGAAGCCCUCUGGCUCUCCACUGACACCUCCUGCUGGCAGGGCAGGGCUGCUCUGCUGCUCCGCGGCCAGGCCCUCGCCUCGGGCACCGCCAGCAGCUGCUGUGCCCUGGGGAGUUGGGGCUGCUCAGCUGGAGGGCUCCCGGUGGAGGUGGAGGCUACCCAAGUGUGCCAGCUGCUGUCGGCCCUGCCCUCUGGUGCUUGGUUUGGCCUCACCAGUCUGAGAGGCAGGAGUUAGGCUGAGCCCUGCUUCGUGGGAGGAAGCAGCAGGCAGUGCUCUGUGCUGCUUGGCAAGGCUGCAGGUGUUGGGACUGGGGGACUCUGAGCCCCGGGGGCUCACCCCCUUCCCAGGUGGGGUUUGGCAGAGGAAGCAGUGAGUGGGAGAUCAGGAGAUGUCCUGUCAAUAGGAGACCAGGAGGCACCAGAGAAGGCUGUGAAUCCCAGGGGGGCUUCCCAGGUGCUGCUCUCUGAGAACCUCACCUUGAGCUCUGGGUUUGGGUUUCUGGCUGGCAGAUGAGCACCCUGCACCCUGCCAUCCCCAGCACCCUGGGAGAAGUCCCCUGGGGCCUGGGCUCGUCCACCAGCAGCACUCUGUGUGUGCAGCAGCACAGCAGAGCCAGCUCUGUGCCACAGGCCCUGUCAGCAAUACUUGAAUCCUGUUCCUGGAGCUGCUGGAUGCUUUUGCACAGUUCCUGGGUGGGCUUUUCGUCUGCGUGGGACUUCUGCUCGGUGCAGCUGGUGUGCAUGUUGGCACCGGGGCAGAGGCUGUGCUUGGGGGCAGGAUGCCUACCCAGGUUUUCCCACGGGUCAGACUCUUCUGUUUUGACCUCAGGCAGCACAUCUCUGGGGGCAGCCUGUGCCCACCGCAGUCACCAGCGUCGUGCCCUGCACACCAGGAGUGACCACUCCAGGCUGUGCCCGG